AGAUGCCCCAGGGUGGCAAGCAGAGGAGGGGAGUGAACAUUCCCCCAUCAACUACUUCAGUCUAUCUGCCUUGAAAGCACUGUCACCAUGCACUUCUCUCAAUUGUUUGUUCUCACUGCGGCCACCUUGGUCCUGGCCCAUCCUGGCGAGAAGCAUGAUCCUGCCGCAUUGAAGCGGGAAAUCCAUGCCCGUGAUGUCCAGGCCAUCAGGGCAAAGCGCGCCUUGGAUGCGUGCUCCAGCUCUAGCCAUGCUGUGCAGUUGAAUCAGCGCAAUGUCGCUCGUCGCGCUCAUACAGCCCGUGAACUUCGCAAGGCUCGAGGCAUUACAGCUAAUCCUCGCAAGUGGCGCAGAGACCUUGCUGCUCUCGAGGAAUGGGAGGCCAUCGAUCACAACAAGACCGACAUCUACAACUAUGGCCCUAACACUUCUCCUGAUGUUAUCUUCGGCGGCAAUACGAGUGCCAUCCUUGCCCCUACCAUCACUGAUGGGCCGUACUACGUCUGGGGUGAAAUUAUGCGUGAGGACGUGAGGGAGGACCAGUACUCGGACGGUGUGGAUGUCUUCCUGGAGGUGCAGUAUAUCGAUGUCAAUACCUGCCGGCCUCUUCAGGGUGCCGUUGUUGAUAUCUGGAAUGCCAAUGCUACGGGUGUCUACAGUGGUAUCGUGGCUACCGGUAAUGACGCCGCUGAUGGUUGGGAUUCGACCUACCUCCGUGGCAUUCAGCAGUCCAACGAAGAUGGAAUCGUUACUUUCCAAACCAUUUUCCCCGGCCACUACGAGGGUCGUGCAACACAUACCCAUUUGCUGACCCAUCUCAACGCCACUAUUAACCGGAACAACGGUACCCUGGAGGUUGGAACGGGCACUGUCACCCAUAUUGGCCAGUUGUUCUGGAACGAGGUGCUCCGCUCUGCUGUUGAGGACACUUCCCCCUACAACACCAACACCCAGGCUGUCACCUCGAACGCUGAGGAUAUGUGGAGUGUCUUGCAGGCCAGCGACGAGUACGACCCAUUCCCGGAGUACAUCUACCUGGGCCAGGGGCUGGACGAUGGACUGUUUGCCUGGAUUCAGAUUGGUGUCAAUGCCUCGGCCGAUUACACCGAUAACAGCUACUACAAUAUCGCCGCUUAUUACUAUGAAGACGGCGGUGUUGAGAACUCUUCUGGCUCCAUGGGCGGUGGCAGUGCUCCAUCUGGAUCUAUGCCAUCGGGCGCAAUGCCCUCUGGGACUCCUAUGCCCUCCAGUGCUUGAGCGUUUUCCUACAACUGACAAGAGGUCUUGUCUUGUCUUUUGAAGGAGGGAUACGACCAACAUCCAUAGAUAUGGAUGCAACAUUCAGAGCGGUAUCUUUCCAAUAUUUCUUUUCGUGCUAGAUGUAGAUACAGACUAUGAAUUAACUUCAGACUGCGGGGUCGUUCUUUAUU